AUGACUGCCGCGCAGCCAAGGACCGUGCUGGUCCUGUACGGCUCCGAGACGGGCAACGCGCAGGAAUUGGCCGAGGAGCUGGGAAGGACAUGCCAGCGCCUGCAUUUUCAAAGCACCGUCGAAGAGAUGAGUGCCGUGACACUGCGAGCGCUGCUGCAAAAUGAACUUGUCAUCUUUGUCAUUUCUACCACGGGGCAAGGUGAUAUGCCGCACAACUCAACUCUAUUCUGGAAGAGGCUCCUUCAGAGAAAACUACCGGCAGACUGCCUGGCGCCGGUUCAAUACACGUGUUUUGGGCUCGGUGAUAGUACAUAUCUCAAAUUCAACUGGGCUGCGCGCAAAUUGAUCCGGCGUUUGGGCCAGCUGGGCGCCUCGGCAUUUUACGACACAUUCGAGGCUGACGAGCAGUUUCCUGAUGGCAUCGAAGGGUCGUUCUCUCGCUGGUCAAGCGGGCUCUCCAAGCACUUGUUGGAGAAGCAUCCACACCCCGAUGGACUAAAGCCCAUCCCCGAAGAUGCCAUCCUUCCACCUCGCUGGUCAUUGGAACCAGCUCUUCGGGAGAUUGUGGCCGCCACCUCUGAGCCCCAAGUGAACGGCGACUCCCCCGCCCAACGGUCCUUGCCCGCUACGCCUCCAAUAGACCUCCUCCCCGUUCCUGACGGCUGGACAGCCACCCUCGCCGCCAACACGCGGACCACCCCCGAGUCUCAUUGGCAAGACGUCCGCCUCGUCUCCUUCGACAUCCCGCCUCGACCUAGCACCACUCCAUCUUCCUUCGGCGGCCAAGCUACCACGUCCGAACCCCUCCGGUGCCAGCCCGGCGACUGCCUCACCAUCUACCCCAAAAAUUUUCCCGAAGACGCUCAGCGGCUCAUCACCCUCAUGGGCUGGGACGCCAUCGCCGACGCGCCCCUCGACCUGUCCCGAUGCGCCGCGCUUCCCCGCGGCCUCUUUGCCCCGCCGCAGACGACCCUGCGCAGUCUGCUCCUGCACAAUGUCGACGUGACAGCCAUCCCGCGCCGCUCGUUCCUCAAGAGCAUGUCCUUCUUCUCCGACGACGCCUACCACAGAGAGCGCCUGCUCGAGUUCACCGCGCCCGAGUACGUGGACGAGUACUUUGACUAUGCCACGCGCGCGCGCCGCACCAUCAUCGAGGUACUCGAGGAGUUUACGUCGGUGCGGCUGCCCGCCGCGCGGCUCCUCGACAUCUUCCCGCUGAUUCGCGGUCGCGACUUUAGCAUUGCCAACGGAGGAGAGCAGCUGCGCCAUCCCGCGGCAGCACCCACGUCGCAGAAUGGAACUGCCGUUGCCGCCGCCGCCGCCGCCGCCACUACGCGCGUCGACCUGCUCGUCGCCCUCGUCCGCUACCAGACCGUCCUGCGCAAGCCCCGUCAGGGCCUCUGCUCGCGCUACCUCGCGGACCUGCCCGUCGGCGCCACCCUCACCGUCACCAAAAAGGACGUGCAGUCGCCCAUCCACGGCGCCGCCCACGCCCGCCGGCCGCUCAUCGCCAUGGCCACCGGCACUGGCGUCGCGCCCGUCCGCAGCCUCAUCCACGAGCGUCUGACGCACGACGCCAUCGGGCCCAUGCUCCUCUUUUUCGGAAACCGCAACCGCGCCGCCGACUACUUUUUCGAGACGGAGUGGGCGGUCCUAGGCAGCGAAGCGGCGGCGGCGGCGGCGGCGGAGGACAAAGGCAAUAACGACGACGACGACGACGACGACGACGAUGAUGACGGCCGACGACGACGACGGUUGCUCACCAUCUUUCCCGCCUUCUCGCGCGACCAGCGCCAAAAGGUCUACGUGCAGGACCUCGUGAGGCGCGAGGCGGCCGCGCUGGCGAGGCUCAUCCCGCAGAGACCCAUCUUUGCCGUGUGUGGCGGGUCGUCGCGCAUGGCCGAGGCGUGCAAGGCGGCUGUGUGGGAGCCGUUCUUGGCGGGCGACGACGACGAUGACGAUGCGGCCCGGGAGGAGCGCAAGAGGAUGCUCGACGCGGUAACGUGGUGGCAGGAGAUUUGGUAG